AUGAGGCAGAAGUACUGUGAUAUGGCUGCGGCAUUGAAUGUCAUAUGGCCCAAAUGCUCACAGCCUUUGGAUAGCGGCAAUGCGGCCUGGUUUGAGCGCUGCAAAAAGGACAGUAUGCCGCUGGUACACGCAGUCUUGAAAAUCAAGAAAGCAGGGAUCCUCUUCAUCAAAGAGCGAGAUGUAUGGACGAGCUCGGACAUCGCUGAAAUGCAGACGAUCAAGGCCGCUGUCUCCGCUGCGGAAAUCAAGCUGGCCUCUGCACAAGCCGAGUUGGACAAAGUCUCGAGCGCUAUCAAGAGCUCAAUCAGGCUUCUCCGCGCUAAAGAAGCCAAGCUCAACAUCCAAAUUGUGGCCCACAAACAAAGGCUGAAGUACCAGAUCGUCUGA